GCUCAAACCCACAUCUAGAAGAUUCAGAAAAAUAGAUCCCUAAUGGUUGUUCCCAAGGGCAUGCUUCACAACCUUGUAGACAAGCAAUGAAAUAAGAGAACGCCUGGUUAGGGGAAAGGGUAGCGGGGCUAAGUAGUGUUGAACGCGAUGGGACGGCAUUCGUAUGAGAUUCAGUGUGUCUUUGGGUCACCACAAAGCUUCUCAACAUGCGUCAAAUGCCGCUAAUUAUACUGAACAGACUAGUACUGUCGAAAAGGCCGGAAAUGCGAUAGUAUUGCCCUGAACCGCACCGAGGAAUCUAUAUUAGCGCCUUUAAACACCAGACAAGUCAGGUAGAGACGUUAAGAGUAGGAUCGCUUACAUUCAUUGGAGAGCUAAAGUUGUCUACCGACGUGUGUUGCAAUGAAGCCCUCAAUGGAGAUAGGCAUCUUGAUCAAUCUCGUUCUCAUAACUUGUGCUGCUAGCGGGACUUUACUAGAAGCAAGAAAUGAGACAGUGGAGGGGGAUAAAAGUGCUCACAACGGCUCAGGAAUAACAAACUAUACCAGAACAGAGGGAAAUUACACUUUCAAUGCAACGGAGGAUGGUGCGUUACUGACGACUACUUCUGUGCCUCCUUCUACAGAGCCACCAGUCGUAGAGCUGGACGGGGGAUGUGACUUUGACGAGGGAUUCUGCGGCUGGACGAACUAUGAGAAAGAUGAUUUUGACUGGCUUCUCAAUACGGGUCGUACCGGAAGUUCAUCUACUGGACCCGAGCAUGACGUAUCAAACAACAAGACAGGGUACUAUGCCCUUAUAGAGGGUUCAUGGCCAAGGCAACCGGGUCACGUGGCUCGGCUCCACAGCCCUCCCCUGACAGGCAUACGAUGCAUGCGAUUUUACUACAGCAUGUACGGAUAUGGCAUUGGGGACCUGAGGGUGUUCCUAGUGGAAGGAAAGAAUAUCCAUUUCCUGUGGGGAAGGUACCGCGAUCAGGGCCAAGGCUGGAGGAAGAGUAACGUAACGGUGUAUGGCGACAAGGGAUAUGUUGUGGCGUUUUUUGGUCGUCGCGGCAAGGCAUACACAAGCGAUAUGGCGAUAGAUAAUAUUACGUUUGUAAGUGGCACGUGUGAUGGUAAGCCACUGGUGGAUCUCCGCCAAGUCAACGAUGUAGAGGCAGCACACAUAGCCGUCAAAGGAGAACCCGGUACAUGUGAUUUUGACGGGGGCUGGUGCGAAUGGACCAAUGUCUUGCUUGAUGACCAGUUUGAUUGGCAGUUGAAGGGUGGCAUGACGGGAACGGCAGACACGGGGCCUGAGAAAGACCACACCGGCGUCAACGGCAAAUAUAUUUAUAUCGAGUCCUCCCAGCCUGCACAGCGCGGACAACGGGCUCAGAUUCUUGGUCCGCGGUUGUGUGGGGAGAUGUGUAUGCAGUUUUACUACCACAUGUACGGGCAUCAGAUCGGGACCCUCAACAUAUACAAGCGGAUUGGGCUGAAAAACCUCGACCGUAUAUGGACACUAAGCGGCGAGCAGGGCCAGGACUGGAAUGAAGCGCUCAUUAGUAUAAAUGGGAAUUGUUACCAGAUUGUCAUCGAGGGCGUGAUUGGUGACGGUUACCUUGGUGACGCGGCCAUCGAUGACGUCAUAUUUACCAAGGGCGACUGCUGUGCAAAAACGUGGAGGCAUUUCGACGUAAAAGCGGCCGGGAACUGCGCUUUCGGGUCGGGGUUGUGCAACUGGACGAACAGCAACCAGGAUGACUUCGAUUGGAUUCUACACGAGGGUGCAACCAAGAGUAACUUCACAGGGCCGAACGCGAGUGUUAAAGGUCCGUAUGCGUAUGUGGAGGCCUCCGAGCCUCGCAUGCCCGGGGAUAAGGCCAUCCUUGUCGGCCCAGUCUUGCGCGGCCAGGUGUGCAUGCGUUUCAAGUAUCACAUGUAUGGAGAUCACGUGGGCUCCCUGACGGUCUACAAGCACGGGAGCGGGGUACAAAGGCAUCAGAUGUGGAGGAGGACUGGGAACAGGGGGAAUAUAUGGAGGGACGCGUACGUGAACUUUAGAUGCGAUGGACCCCUCUUCCAGGUCGAAAUCGAAGCUAUAGUGAAUGGUUGGAGAAGCGACAUUGCCAUCGACGAGAUUACAUUCGAUCACUCUAUAUGUCCGGUUGUUCCUGAUGCUAGAAUGCCUAUAACAAUAUCCACGUUACCAGUCACGCCCUUCCCAAUAUCUAGCGGUAACUGUACAUUUCCUGACAACUUUUGCGAUUGGGUGAAUGACCGAGCCGACGACAUGGAGUGGGAACUAGCUUCCUUUUCAGCAUCCCUGGGGACUGGACCAAAGCGUGACGUGGAUGGCAACGGAAAGUACAUCUUUAUAGAAGCUUCUCGAUACCGUUAUCGACAGCAGGCAAAGCUGGUCAGCGGCUACAUGCGAGGUCAGCGGUGCAUGUGCUUUCACUACCACAUGAUGGGACGAAGUGUGGGGAUUCUGAAGAUUCAUCAGAUUGACGUCAGGACAGGCCGAGAAAGACGAGUCUGGUAUCGCAGCGGCCGCCAGCGCGAAGGCUGGAUACGGGCUUAUCUUAAUCUCCAGGGAAACGGAUAUAGGAUUGCAUUUAUCGCGGUUCGCGGUGAGCGUUUUCAUGGUGAUAUCGCCAUAGAUGAUAUUUUCACUACGCCGGGAAAAUGCAAGCAACUGCUGGAAACACCCUUCCGAUAUCAGCCACCCAAGUCCACCAGAAUUCCCAUCCCUUUUAAAGAUCGCUCAGAGAACUGUAAUUUCGAUGACGGACACAUGUGCAAAUGGAGAAAUGUCGGCGGCGAUCAGUUUGACUGGAAACUGUGGAAAGGCAGUACCCCAUCGCGGUACACCGGACCGACCUCUGACCGCAGCGGGAAAGGCAUGUAUAUCUACAUUGAGGCAUCACCUCCGCGCAUUAACCAGGACAACGCCUUCCUCUCCCUCAUCACGGGUGGACCCGCACGCUGUCUGCGCUUCUAUUACUACAUGUAUGGCAAAGACACGGGUGAACUCAAGAUUCACACGACCCCAACGAUAGGCAGGGAUCGCAAGAUGACGCUCCUGUGGGAGAUCAAGGGGGAACAAGGAGACGAGUGGAAACUAGCACAGGUGGAUGUUCCACCAGCAAGAACAUACGCGCUAAUAAUCGAAGGAACUCGAGGACUGGACUUUAAGGGGGAUACGGCCUUGGAUGACAUCACUCUUGUCGACGGCCCUUGCAGUACCAACUCAACCGAGCUACCAGCAACACACACAGUGACGACACCAUCACCCCCGGCUGCAAUAAGAGCAACAACAACAACAGCAACAACAACAGAAGCAGCAGCAACAGCAGAAGCAACAACAACAGCGACGGCAACAACAACAGCGACAACAACAGAAGCAGCAGCAACAGCAGAAGUCGCCUGCUCGACAGGCGCUAGUUGCGUGAAAGAGGCGACAGCGAGAAGAUUUCCGAGCCUUCUCGCCCCAAUCUUCCUAAUUUUGGCCGAGCACUACGUCCGAUAG